AUGAUCACCAACAUCUACAUCAUAACAGCCAUCUCGGUGAUAGGAGGUAUGCUGUUUGGAUUCGACCUCUCUUCGAUGUCCGCAAUAAUGGGGACGAAUCGAUACAAAUGUUACUUCAAUCAGGGACCUCAUGGCUUCCCAUUCGAUGACUCGCCUGACUGCUCAGGUCCUAAGUCAUUGAUACAAGGAGGCAUUACAGCUUCCAUGCCAGGAGGAUCUUUCAUAGGCGCUCUUGUAUCCGGAUUGCUCACGGACAUGUUUGGACGAAAAUUAUCCAUCCAAAUUGGCUCUGUUAUUUGGAUCAUUGGGAGUGUCAUAUCCUGUGCGGCACAGAGCUUCCCAAUGCUAAUUGUGGGCCGAUUCAUCAACGGUGUCUGUGUUGGAAUCUGCUCCGCUCAAGUCCCAGUCUACGUCGCAGAACUUGCACCGGCACAUAUGCGCGGCCUUGUUGUCGGUACCCAGCAAUGGGCGAUCACUUGGGGCAUCCUCAUCAUGUUCUACAUCUCAUACGGCUGUUCGUUUUUGACAGGAACAGCGGCGUUUCGAACCCCUUGGGCUCUACAGAUGAUUCCAGCUAUAUUUCUUUUCGGUGGGAUUUUCUGGAUGCCCGAGUCUCCGCGGUGGUUGGCGAAAAAGGAUCGCUGGGAUGAAUGA